CAUUGACGCCCAAUCCAGUGACCUUACCUUCUGUAACUUACAUGUCGAAUCGUGUCGAAUCGCGGCUUCUGCCUGCCAGAUCUAUUAUUGUCCCCAGGCUGCAAACAGGUGAAAGUCUUUAAGGUCGCUGGUUCUUUCUGGACAGUCACAUACUGUACCUAGCCGCACCUUCAAGGAGCACUAGGCUGCAGCGCUUUAGCGAGAGCGCCGUAGUCCAAAUUAGGAUUUCGACUACAAAACCACCUCCAUUAUUCCUCCUCCGCUUCAAACCCAUCUUCCUUUCAACAACUCCUCCCACCACACCACCGCAACCUCCACUUCAAGAACAACGCAACUUCAUACCACUUCUUCUCAUACAUACCACCAUCAAUCAAAAUGUCUGAGACCAAGAUUCAAAAGCUCACUCUUGUAGCCAAUGAUGGCAACAAGAUCGAAGUUGAUCGCCAGGUUGCUGAGAAGAGCGUCCUGAUCAAGAACAUGCUUGAUGAUCUCGGAGACGAGCAAAUGUCCACUGAGGUCCCCAUUCCCAAUGUCAACGAUACCGUCCUCAAGAAGGUCAUCGAGUGGUGCGAGCAUCACAAGAACGACCCCGCCGCUCCUCAAGACGAUGACUCCGACUCCCGCAAGAAGACCACCGAUAUCGAUGAGUGGGACCAGAAGUUCAUGCAGGUUGACCAAGAGAUGCUCUUCGAGAUCAUUCUCGCCUCCAACUAUCUCGACAUCAAGCCCCUCCUUGACGUCGGAUGCAAGACCGUCGCCAACAUGAUCAAGGGCAAGUCCCCCGAGGAGAUCCGCAAGACAUUCAACAUCACCAAUGACUUCACCCCCGAGGAGGAGGAGCAAAUCCGCCGAGAGAACGAGUGGGCUGAAGAUCGUUAAGCGUUCGAAGCUGAGAUCUUGUGGGGUGAAUAUCAGGACAAACGCCCAUGUUCACCUUCGAACACGACCGCGUUCCGUUUCUCCUUUGC